AUUGAAGUAACAUAUUUGUUGUCUGUACUUAAACAGUUCAAUCCUCUAGAAAUGAGAUCUGCUCGUUUGUUUAGGAAAUAUCGAGGAAAGUAGGUCCGAGACGGGCACGAAUCUUCAGAUACCCAAUUUAUCUGAUAUUAAUACAACUACCUUUUAUGUAAACAAAUGAUAUAUAUCGAAAAUCCAUGCAAUUGUACUAGUAGGAAGAAGAAAGAAAGAAAAAAGAGAGAAAUUAUUUUGACGUCCACGAGGUAGAAAGGAAGAAGACGAACCAGCAAGGUAGAAAGUUGAGCAGAGCGGACGGAUCUUUAAUAGGAUGGUGAUGAGUUGGGUGCCUUUUUUGGCCAUGGUGGUGGUCAUGUGUAACUGUGUGGGGGCAGAUCCUGUAGUUGCUGAUGCACCAGUUUCAGAAGUUUUGGCCAAAUAUGGACUGCCCAUAGGGCUGCUUCCUGAUUCAGUGAAGUCAUAUUCUGUUGCAGAUGAUGGGAGCUUCAAAGUUGAGCUUGACAGUCCUUGUUACGUUCAAUUCAAUUAUCUUGUGUAUUAUGAAAAGACAGUUACAGGAAAACUCAGCUACGGGAAAAUUACUGAUCUGGAUGGCAUCCAGGCAAAGAAGUUCUUUAUAUGGGUUAAUGUUAUAGGGAUUGAGGUGGAUCUCCCAUCUGCAAACUAUAUAUAUUUCAACGUGGGAUUGCUUUCUAAGAAAAUUGAGAUUUCCUGGUUUGAAUCUGUUCCUACAUGCAAAAAUUCUCUGGAGAAUAAGCCUUGCAGUGAGAUUGAGGUUGUACUAACUGAGUAGGAGCAAGCACUCAAGCCCGGACAGUUCAGGGAACGAUAUAAAUAUCAAAGUUCGGUGAAAACAAAUAUAUAUAUCUUGGUCUUAAUUAGUUAGCUGUGGUCUGCUAUAUACUAUUUUUCAUUCUCUUCUUUCUCUCUUCAUUGUGAUGAAGGAUAACAGAGUGUGAUCCUAAACAUCGAUGUUAAAAAUUAUAACAUAGUUGAAAUCCAAAAACACUCGUAUCCUAUUAAAGCUAUCUUUUUAAAUAAGAGAUUUAUUAUCAAUAGAAACUAGAAGUGCAAAGA